GGAGCGCAGAGCGGGCUCGGACGGGCCGGGCCUGGGGGGAGAGAGAGGCGCUGGGCCCCGACCGUGUCCGCGUACCGAGGGGGGAGCUGAAACUCGUUUAGUGCUUGGGCUUGUUUAAUUAUUUAAUUAAACAAGAGAAUUAUUUAAUACUUGUUUUGCGAACAAAUCUUCUUCUCUACCCCUUUUUUAAAUUUUUCUUUCAUGUUUAGCAUGAACUGAAGGCGGGGGGGGAGGUUGAGGGUAAAUAAAUCACUGCCUUUUCCUCGUGGAACUGGGAAUAUCUAUUCAAACGUCCCGUGGCAUUUUGUUGUGUUUGUUAUACAUCAGUAACAAAGAAUCGCAUUUCUGGACCCACGCGCAAGAAAUGUGGCCUAAAAUGUAUAGGAAACUUAGAGGCAGGGGUAAAACUUCUCUUUCAUCUCAGUAGCAAGUGGUUAGAGGACUUGUUUGCGACAUGGCGUGGAUUUUCUCUCUGUUUAAAGGAAAUUUUAUUUCCUUUACAAGAAGGAGAGUUUAUAUACACAUAAAAUAAGGCCUGUAUUACAAGACGGCAUCUGGUCUUGGUUUCACAUCUUUGUUACUCACUCUGUUCUGCUCUGUAUGAUUAAGCUUUUAUUACUUUAUGAACUGGAUUCUGCACGUCUCAGUUGUGUUUCCCAACACAGAUCUGAAGAUCGGUUUGGUUUGGUUCAGUAAUUGCACAAGUAUUUUAUAUAAAAUGGUACUUUUCCAGCAGAGGAGUUAAAGUAUUCACUGUACUCUGAAAAUCUCCCAUGACUUUACUAGGCAACUUGCUCAGGAAUCUGACAGACCUACGUUCAUAUUUGUUCUCCUUGAUUUGGGGCAGGUAUUUGGUUCAAAAUCAGUGGCUUUAUCACAAGACUGUGGGCUGUUCUGGUAUAAAUCUGAUUGACGGUGGGAUUCUUAAAAAUCCAUUUUGUAGUAGGGAAUGGUCCCUUCUUGAGACAUUUAGAAUUACGGAAUCAUUUAUGUUGGAUAAGAUCUCUAAGGUCAUUGAGUCCAACCAUUAACCCAGCACUGCCAAGCUCACCACUAAACCAUGUCCAUAAAUGCCACAUCUACACAGCUUUUAAAUAAUUCCAGGGGUGGUGACUCAAGCAGUUCCCUGGGCAGCCUGUUCCAAUGGUUAACAACCCUUUCCAUGAAGAAAUUUGUCCUAAUAUGCAAUCUAAGCCUCCCCUGGCAUAACUUGAGGCCAUUUCCCCUUGUCCUGUCGCUUGUUACUUGAGACUGACCCCCACCUGGCUACAACCUCCUUUCAGGUAGUUGUAGAGAAUAUGAGGUUCCCUCUGAGCCUCCUUUUCUCCAGGCUAAACAAUUCCAGCUCCCAGGUCCAUUGCCCUUCUCUGGACAUUCUCCUCAAUGUCGUUCUUGUAGUGAGGGGCCCAGAAAUGAACAUGGGAUUUGAAGUGUGGCCCCAGAGCAGGGGGAUGAUCACUGCCCUGCUCCUGCUGGCCACACUAUUUCUGAUAGAGGCCAGGAUGCCACUGGCCUUCUUGGACAAAUAUGUCUAUGUCUAAAAGUUAUUCGGUGUUUUUGUUAAUAGCUUUGAGAUGGUAAAAUUGAUUCCUAAAAAUUUACUGUUCACAAAAUCCUUUCUAUGUAUUUUUAUAGCAGUAGAAUCUGUGGCCAAGAAAAUGGCUGUGUAGGUAGGAGUGACAGCAUAAAGCCGAAUUUUGUGGGGUGUGGGGGCUGUAUGUUACUAAUAAAUGUGUGGAGGAAGAAAGCUGUGUAUGGAAAAAUGUCUUUAUGCAUGGAAGGGAGCUGAGUUUUUGUGUAUGUGAACAUUUCCAUGUAGAAUAGUGCACAAAUAGUGCACUAUUUGUGUUGGGAUCCAGUGUGUGAUAGCUGGGCAACAUCUGCCACACAAUUUGUUAAAGCUGUUUAAUGAUCUGCAUGGUAACAAAGGCUGUGUAUCCUUAAUGCUAUAUAGCUCAGGAUGAUUUAUCCAUUCUGGAUCUUACCAGAUCAAGUAAAUGAUGCAGCACUAAAAAACGUAAAAUUUGGGAAACUUAAAGUCCAAAGAGUUUUAACUCACGUGUGUUGUAAAUUGUUGGUGUGUUUGAUAGUUUGCUUUGGAAUAGUGUGCUGCAGAGUGUUUUUCCUGAAAAAAAGGGUAAAGCUCCACACUUCAUUUACCCAUGUUAUGUUAAUUCCACAUGAUAGUAAUCACAAGAGAACUGUACCGUUAAUGUUGGGUUUAACUGAUACCAGCUGGACUGCUUUGUGGAUUUGGAUAAUUUACUGCCUUGUUAAUGGAGUUGUUGGAGAAUGUAAGUGCAGUACAUGCCUGCCUUUAUAAAGUUUGAUUUUUACAGCAUAUAUGGCACAUCACCAAGUUUCUAAGUUGCUGAUAAGUUAUGUCUCUUUUCUCUCCCUCCUAAGAUACUACGCAUAUCUUCAGCAAGCUCAAGCAUUUUACUCGUUUCCGUUCCAUCAGAUGAUGACUGCUGUGCCCAACAUGGAAACGAUGGCUGAGCAGCCAACUCUAGAGGGCAUUCCAGAGCCAAACAUUGCUCAGGAGCCUCCAAAAGAAGUUAAGAAAGGAGGAAGGAAAAGAAAAGCCAAAGCAACUGAGCCAAAGCAACCCAAAAAGCCUGCUGCUAAAAAAGAAAAAACAACCAAAUCAAAAGGCAAACAAGAAAAGAUCACAGAUACUUUUAAAGUCAAAAGGAAAGUGGAUCGUUUUAAUGGUGUAUCUGAAGCUGAACUUCUGACCAAGACCUUGCCUGAUAUUUUGACCUUUGAUCUGGACAUUGUAAUAAUUGGCAUAAACCCUGGCCUGAUGGCAGCUUACAAAGGACAUCAUUAUCCGGGACCUGGAAACCAUUUUUGGAAGUGUCUGUUCAUGUCUGGUCUAAGUAAUGAACAGCUGAACCAUAUGGAUGACCACACUUUGCCACAUAAAUAUGGGAUUGGAUUUACAAACAUGGUUGAAAGGACAACACCUGGAAGCAAAGACCUCACCAGCAAAGAGAUUCGGGAAGGAGGACGAAUUCUGAUGCAGAAGCUACAAAAGUAUAAACCUCGUAUAGCAGCUUUCAAUGGAAAAUGUAUUUAUGAAAUUUUUAGUAAAGAAGUUUUUGGAAUUAAAGUUAAGAACUUGGAAUUUGGACUGCAGCCACACAAAGUGCCAGAUACAGAAACUCUCUGCUAUGUUAUGCCAUCGUCCAGUGCAAGGUGUGCUCAGUUUCCCCGGGCACAAGAUAAAGUUCAUUAUUACAUAAAGCUGAAAGACUUAAGGGACCAACUGAAAGGCAUUGCACCAAACACAGACGUGCAGGAGGUGCAGUACACAUUCGACUUGCAACUUGCACAAGAGGAUGCUAAGAAGAUGGCUGUCAAGGAAGAAAAAUACGACCCAGGCUAUGAAGCAGCGUAUGGAGGAGCUUACUGUGACCGUGCACUGUAUGACAGUGAGCAGUGCAGCUUCUCCUCCAAUGGAACAGCAGGAAGCGAUCCACAGUACUGCGAGGGGUCGUCCUUCGGUAUCGUUCCUAAUGGACAAUGGAUGACACAGUCCUUUGCAGACCAGAUCCCAGAGUUCAAUGCUGGUGUGACACAGGAAGAGGAGGGAAGCAGCGUGUAGGAGCUGUUCCUUCUCGGCUAUGCAUCCAUGCUGCAGUUUUAAUGCAGUGACCAAGAUUGGUACCUCAGUUCUCCAACUGAAGCAUUUUAAUAGUAUUUUAUCUCCCCUAGUUAUUUUAUUAUAGUCCAAAGUAAGUGUGUGGUAGGCUGAAAUUGAUGAACUAGAUAAUUUUAAGGAACUGUUGAAAGUUUUUUUUUAAAAAAAGUUAGGCCUUUUUUGUAUAUGAGUUUUAUAUUUAAUGUAUACCAUUUCUUGCAGGUUUCGACAAAUUGCUUUCUCAUUUGUGAAGAUUUCUUUGGGGCGUUAAUUUUAUUUCAUGAAUUGUAAUGUAGUAGUAACAGCAGCAGUAUACUUCUUACUGAUGCCUCAAUAUUUGGAUAUCUCACAAUCCUUUUAUAUCCAGAGGGGAAAAUGGGAAGUGUACCCUUAACUUAUGUGAAGCGAUAUUUUUAAUCAUGCACAGUUAAGGAAACUGUGCUUUUUAAGUCUGCCUUUUACCUUCUUAAAAAGUGCAGAAAGUUGCAUUCUGCAGCUGUGAGUACUGAGUAUCUUCUGGGUGGGAAGAGAGAGCUCUGUCUGUUUGGUGAGUGGACCAUAUUCAGGAUUAAGGGAGUGAAGACAUCAUCUCAAGUCACAACACUGGGGAGGAAAAUUUGUGUCACACAGGACAGAGCCUAAAUAUUCUAGCUGAGCUGUCUUAAGGUAAGAUAACCUACCACUCUUAUCUCUUUCCCUCUGAAAUUCCAACGUAAGGCACUGGAAUUCCUUGAAAAAAAACCAAAACAAACAACAGUGCUGGUUCUUCAACUCUGUGCAUUCAAACUCUGUGGUUACCUUCACGUGACCUUCAGGAGUAGACAACUCCUUUGAACAGAUUACAUGGCAGGGAAUUGAAAGGCUGCAUUCUCUGUAAAAAUCAUGUACAGCUACAUUGUUUACAUCAUGUACAAUUAGCACAGGGUGAAAAGAGCUUGCAAUUUAGCAGGUUUGAACAUUCCAUUCUCUUCAAUCUGUAGGACCUUAGAGGGUGGUCUCCUUAUUCCUCUUACAAGCAAAAAAUACUGAGUUAAAUAUAGGGGCAGCUGUUCCGUGAAUAAGAAAGAAGUUGGCUGUAGAAACUACAGCUCUCUUCUGAGGAACUUGCCUAAAUGGCACACAUUUUUGGCCAAUAUUAGUUACUGAGAAAGAAACACGAUUCCAUCCUGGUGCCUAACCAUCGUCUUCUUUCCCUCCUUUGUCAUGUGAGGAAGAGAUGAAGUAAAAGCAAUAAGCUGAUCAAAACACUACAGUUUUGAUGAUCUUAUGACAGUUGGUGCUUCACAUACUUGAAAAACAGAUACAAACAGUAUCUCCACACUCCACACGGGCCAGAGAGUCCUGUAGGGCGUGAUUUAUCCUUUCUUCACAGCCAGCAACGGUUGUCACUUGUGUGCAACUAGUUAGUGUAGGUUCUAAUCCUGCUGUAACAGCUCUCACUGAGAUCACACACUGUCAACCUGUUGUGAGGCAGGCAUGAUGUUUACAGUUUCUUCCCAAAUUAACGUGGCUUAAUUCUGAGCGUCUUAAAUCAAGAAAGUGUGCAUUAUGAUUCUGAUUGUGUUUAUUAGCUUCAGCAUAAAGCUAUUCUGUAUAUUGUCAAAAGGUA